AUGUCAUCUUCCGCCACAGAAACUCUUGUAACCACACCAACUCUCGAUAGGUACUUUGAGAAUUCAAAGUCCUCCUACAUCGAGCUCAAUGGCGUGAACACCCCCAAACAACUGAUUGGAAAUGCUCUGAAGGAAAGGGUCCAAAAUAUCGAUCAUGAUAUCUGCGAGCCCGGCGAUGAAGACACUUUCUUCGUAGCUGAUCUCGGCGAGGUUUAUCGGCAGCAUAUGAGAUGGAAGCUGAACCUCCCACGCGUCAAGCCCUUUUACGCGGUCAAGUGUAACCCUGACCCCCAAGUAAUCCGACUUCUAUCGGAGCUUGGAACUGGCUUCGACUGUGCCUCCAAGGCCGAAAUUGAGAUGGUCCUCAAGGCAGGCAUCGACCCAAGCCGUAUCAUCUAUGCCCAGCCCUGCAAGACCAACUCCUACGUGCGCUAUGCAGCCAACCAAGGCGUUAAGCAGAUGACAUUUGACAAUACGGACGAGCUUCACAAGAUCAAGAAGCUGUACCCAGGAGCCGAACUCUACCUCCGCAUCUGCACCGACGACUCAUCCAGCUUAUGUCGCUUGAGUAUGAAAUUUGGCGCCGCAAUGGACACUACAGAAGAGCUUCUUUCCCUAGCCAAGGAGUUGGGCCUCAACGUAGUAGGCGUUUCUUUCCACGUUGGAUCUGGCGCCUCCGACCCCCUCGCAUUCAUGAACGCCGUCCGCGAUGCCCGGACCGUCUUUGACCAAGCCGCAGACCACGGCUUCUCCCUCCACACCCUCGACGUUGGUGGUGGGUUCUGCAGUGAGACUUUCGAAGACAUGGCUGCUGUUCUUAGCGCUGCCCUGGACAAUUACAUGCCAUCCCAUAUCAACGUCAUCGGUGAGCCGGGGCGUUACUACGUCUCUUCUGCGUUUACCAUCGCAUGCCACAUCAUCGCGCGCCGCACCAUCACGCUCCCUGAGACUGGCAUCAAGAGCUACAUGCUGUACCUUAAUGAUGGUCUAUACGGCAAUUUCUCAAGCAUCAUAUUCGAUCAUCAGAAUCCCAUUGCACAUGUCCUGCAGACCGGAGCAAACCAACGCUUUCACUACAACGCGCUCUCUUCCCAACAAUCUCACCACAAUGAAAGCACUGAGUAUUCUAUCUGGGGCCCUACUUGUGAUGGCAUUGAUCGUAUCGCAGAAAGUGUGCGCUUUGAUCAUACACUUGAUAUGGGCGAUUGGCUGUACUUUGAGGAUAUGGGAGCUUAUACGAAGUGCAGUGCUACCCGAUUCAAUGGCUUUAGUGAUGCGCAUGAUGUUGUGUAUGUUUGUAGUGAGCCUGGGGCUAAGGCACUGCUGGGGAUGAAAUAA